UACUACCAUUUGUACUAAGAAUCAACUGAACCGAUCGAAAUGGCUUUAGACUUUGCUGCUGGUUGUUUGGGAGGUUGCGCCGGUGUUCUCGUUGGAUUCCCGUUCGACACGGUGAAGGUGCAUCUGCAGACGCAAAACCACCAAAACCCGCUGUACCGCGGUACGUACGACUGCUUCCGGAAGAUCAUUGUGCGUGAAGGUGUCCAUGGAUUGUACCGUGGGAUGUCCAGCCCAAUGGCGGGUGUUGCCGUGGUGAAUGCGAUCGUGUUCGGCGUGUACGGAAACAUUCAACGGCGUACUACGAAUCCGGACUCACUGUAUUCGCACUUUCUGGCGGGUACGGCAGCCGGGCUCGCGCAAAGUGUCAUAUGCUCACCGAUGGAGCUGAUCAAGACCCGACUCCAGUUGCAGGAUAAUCUACCGAGGGGUGCGGAACGGUUUAGCGGACCAGUCGACUGCACUAGAAGUAUCUGGCGCAGGGAAGGUACAAGGGGUAUCUUCCGUGGACUGGGUAUUACGGCUGCGCGUGACAUGCCGGGUUUCUCUAGCUAUUUUGUGGCGUAUGAGUAUAUGGUCCGCAGUGUGUCGGAUCCAUCGCCAUUCGUUAUUCUGAUGGCUGGUGGACUGGCCGGUACCUUCUCCUGGCUCGUUACCUUUCCGAUCGAUGUAGUGAAAUCACGCCUGCAAGCGGACGGCAUUUCCGGUAAGCCACAGUACAGUGGGCUGAUCGAUUGCGUAAGGAAAAGUCACGCUGCCGAGGGUCUUGCGUUCUUGUCCCGUGGGCUCGCAUCAACGUUACUGCGAGCUUUCCCGAUGAAUGCCGUCUGCUUCCUGGUCGUAUCGUACACGAUGAAACUGUUCGACGAUCCGAAAAUCACCAGCGUGGUCGAACUUGGCGCAGCAACCGUUGAACCACCGCUGCUGAUGGUGCCCGCCGUUGCCGAUGCUCCAAAGUUGACACCUCCAACGAUCGGACACAAGCGAAUUACGCACGAUCACGACAAUCACCUGCUAAACAUCAAGCAAAACACCUACCGAUUCCUGCGUUCGCUCGGUGCGUUCAGUGAGGCCGUUUGCUGUGCGGAGAUGGGAGAGCUAGCGGACGAUCUGUACGCUAGCAACUCGGACGAGCAGUUAGGAGCAAACUAUGCCAAGCUGAAUGAAAUGCUGCUCAGCACAGACCCGGAGGACACUAGUAAUCGGUACCCAUUUUUAGGCGAUUGAACCGUGACCAACUGCAUGAGCCUUUUCGUUUGUUGUUUUUUGGAAAAGGCCACCAAAGACUUGUGUACAAAGAAACCAUAGACUAAUAGUUUGCCAGGUGGGAAAGCCGUGUAUGAAAAUAUAUCUUUAUUUAAAUGCUUCCAAAA